AUGUCGGUGGCCUCACGACGUGCAAAAGCAACGCUUGCUGCAGCCAUAGGCUUGUCUGCGCUUACUAUAUGGGCAGUCCACUUCCAACAAGAACAACAGCAUCAGACUAUGUACCAAGGAGUAUUGCGAGACGAUGAGCGACGAAGGAAAAAGAUGGAACAACGAGAGCAAGAGCUGAGAGAGUCGCAGAGAAAACGGGAGAUCUACGAGAAAGUACAACGGGUAGAGUCAAGUGAGGAAACAGGAACUUUUCUUUUGUGCUUUCUGAGCGAAGGCCGCAGAUGA